GAUCUGAUGGAUACAUCAUCUAGCGUCACCUCGCUUCCACUGCAUCCCUCCAUAUUUAACUACCCACACUCCCUCACCCGAGUCCACAUAUGAACCUCUCUUGAAUCCAGAUAUAUCGACAAUACAUAUAAAUUAUUUAUUAAUGAUAACACCAAAUCUUCCUAGGACAACCUCACACGCCCAUAGUAACUCCAACCGCAACAGCAACCGCCUUACAAUUCUCACGCCGUGGAUAGUCUGGGAGCUAGAUAUUUGUUGACUUUGGAAGACGAAAUGGCGACGGCCAUGUAUACGAAUCAGCCUGGUGCUCACUACGGAUAUCCCCAACCACCACCUUCGCCCCCAAUGGAUGAGGCUUCCAAAUGCUCUCUCCCUUCCAUCUCGAAUCUGCUAGUGAUGGCCGAUGCCGGGUCGCCAACAUCUGAAAGCUCUCCUCAGUCACAGUCAGCAUCAUCAACAAAGGCAGAGACUCGACCAAACUCUUCUCAUUAUUCGAACAGUGGGCAUUCCCGUGCCGCUCUGCCUCCCACUCCACCCAUGAGCACGGAUGCUUCGUUUGAGGGAUACAAUUCACCUUCAACGAAGUCACUCACACAAGUGCCAGUAAUAUCGGGAACGGCCAACUACUACUAUGAGACGACUCCUCCAGUUGAGGAUGUCCAUCGCCAACAAAUGAAUCCUAUUGUCUCACGAUUACCAAUGCAAUCUCAGACAUACUCGCCCCAGGCUUUCGCAUCAUCGUACCUAAACCAACCAGCUAUGCCUACUUAUUAUGCGCCACAACUACCUACAGCACAGUCUCAAAUAUCUGGACUGUUCUAUCAGAGACCAUUGCCUCAGACGUUCCCUCCUUUGCCUGUCACUGUCUCAUUGACACCCUCGUCGGGAGCAAAUCCGUGGCAACAUCACCAUUACAUCUCACCAUCAUCUGCAGCAUCCUUCCCGCAGUCUCAGGAUCGAUACAUAUGUCAGACCUGUAACAAGGCGUUUUCACGGCCAAGCUCCUUGCGCAUCCACAGCCACUCUCACACGGGAGAGAAGCCUUUCAAAUGCCCUCAUGCUAGUUGCGGCAAGGCUUUCAGUGUGCGGAGUAAUAUGAAGCGCCAUGAGCGCGGAUGCCACAGCUUCGAAAGCAGCAACUCAUCUUUGCGCUAAUUAGAACCCGAACGGGUCCGGCGAGCGAUCUCUGUCACGAUACCGGCUGAAUGUUUCUUAUUUUACUUUA